GGGUUCUAUUUCAUACCUGUGACAAAUUUUUGAAAACAAACUUACAGUACAUGUCAGAUCUUCAUAAAGAGAAGUCAGUGACACCAGAGUGUAGUUGAGGCCAAAAUAAUAAGAAUUACAAAUUACAAAACUACAAUUCCAAGUGCUGUUUAUUAAAACAAGACUCAUCCUAGACAAAACGUUCAUCAACAAAAAAGGUGCUUAUAAAACAAUUGGAAUUGACAUUAAAAAAUGCCCGGACUCGUUGAUCCGAGAUUAAAUUCUCCAGCAUAUAGAAGAAGAUUAUAUCGUCCAGCAGAACCUCGUGAAGGAUUAAUUGUUUAUGAAGCGCAUUUUAUUUGGGAAGCAUCGGCAGAACAGCCGAAUCGUGUUGAAAAUUAUUUAUUCGGUAGAAUACAACCAAUAGAAAGAAAUCGAGUACCUCAAAAUCUUCCCGUUCCACGCUGGCGUGCAGUAAGACCUAAUGCUGGUCAAGGUCCAGAACAACAGCCAGCACAAGGAGAACAACAACAACAAAAUCCAAGACGACACGAACAACUAAUUCAGCAAUUAUCUAAUCGUAUACUACCAACGAAUAAAAUUAUCGAGGAAAUCGAUGAAAUCGAUCGAUAAUAUGAAAGAAAAUUUUUUAAUUUGAUUUAUUACUUUUUUUUGUAAUGAAUUAUAAUAUUCAAUUCUUUAUCAGUUAAAUUUUUUUUAACUACAUGUAAUUAAUAUUCCGAGGAUGCUACAGAUUUUUGAUAACAAAUGAAAUGGAGGAAAAUUAAUUUGUGCCAUAUUACAUUUUUUGCUCAUUAGGCAGAAAAAAAUAUUACAUCUAAUCAGAAUUCCAAAUAUUUUUUAAGAAAUCUCUUUUUUUCUUCAUCAAAGGAAAUAAAAAUUUUUUAUAAUAAACAUUUUUUAAAAAAAAGAGAAGAUAAUUCUAAAUACACUAUUAUUUUUGUAAAAUUAAAAUAUGUCUUCAUAAAAAAAAAAAGAAAAAUGAAAAGUACGAUCAAGUCAAUGUGAUAAGAAUGUGGAUAUUUUCUUUAAUUUUUAUAUUUAAGUAUAUAUUUAAAACGUUUUGUCGAUAUUUGUAAUAUUAAUGUGAUAAUUUUUCUAAACCAUUUGUUUAUUAUAGCUUUAGUAUCCGUAAGUCUAUAGAAUAAUAAAAAUAUUUAAAUAAUUUAA